AUGUCUGCAUCACGCUUUUCUCCUUACGCAACCCCUGGGUACAUGUUUUUGGAUGAUAUGGCGUGUGAGUAUUGGCCUACAAGAAGCACCGCUCUUUCAACGCUCUCCUCGCCCGACUUGGUAAACGUUGAAGAGCCGGCAACAGUUAGGGACAUUCAAAUGACCCUCCCGAGCAUGGGACGUGCCCAAAACUUCGAAAAGCUGAGCAGCUUUGUGCGAGACGCUUUCAACGCAUGGAAAGAGGGACACUCUCUGCAACAUCCUCCUUCUCUUUUCGUCUGCGGCGCCCCAGGUACAGGUAAAACUUAUUUCUGCAGAAUGGGGAUCCUGGGCUUCCUCAACAAAGAUGGCCACAUGGGUAAUGGUGAUCCAUUUAACAUGGCAUGUGCCAUCAGUGCCCAAAAGCAACUCCACUUGGAGUUAUCGUUCAGCGACGGACUAGUUGGUGGAGAAACGGCGAAUCCAAGCAAGUCGCUCGGUUUCCGAAUCAUUUACGAAAUGUUCAAGGACCUCGCCAACUUCCGGCGGCGGUAUCCAACGUCCCACGAGUUUCUAUCGGCUUUUAUGUCUGGCCCGACCUCCUCUGCGCAUGUCGUUACAUUGUCCGAUGUCGGAACCUUCUUGAAGACACGACUGUCCCUGCCGGAAGGUCCUACGAUCUUAUUCGUUCAUCUUGAUGAAAUAGAACGAAUAUUGCAACGACCUGAUAAGAAGGAGGGUGUUGUCUAUCUUCAGAGCAUCGCUGAGGCUUUCGAUGCGGUCAAUCUAGAGCAGUACGAUGUUUUCUUUUGCCCUUUAUUCUCAGGGACCGGGUCGACUCCCAUCGUGGAGGCUCUCAAAGCUCGGGGCCACUACCGCGGCGGCGCUUUCGUCAUCGACCUCGACUUGAUCACUCCGAAGGAAUAUUGCCAGGGGCUCAGCGACUUUUUAUCGAUGCAGAUAGGGUAUGGUUCUAAACCUCCUCCGUUCAAGGCUUCGGAGAUUUCCAAAGGCGUACAGGGAACUUUGAUGGACAUCGAAGGCGUCCCGAAGUUAUUCAUUGCACUUCUUCAUGUGCUAUCAUACCUCAAAGGACCGCAGUCUAUUAGCCCCUCGAGUGGCCAGUUUCUGGAUUGGCCAAUCGACCGCCAGCGGAUUAGAGAAGCCGUAAAAGACCCAUCUCUCUCUACAAGCACAAUCCUCAAAGCCCUUUAUACAUGCAUCACUGGAUUCGAAUAUCCUUCCCUCUUGGAUCGCAAAUUUGGUGUUACGCCAUUACCGACAUUCCCAUCCGGCGCUACGAAUGGCUCGACAUUCGAAAUGAAGAUUCCCCGACCUUUUCUGAUCUGGAUCCCAUUCGAGCACCGCGUCACCUUCCCAUUUAUCCUUCUUAAGAGCAUUCUCCCGAGGGAACACCUAAACAUCGUACCGACCGAAGAGACCGGCCCUCUAUACUGGCGAGAGAUUGCAGACUUCGACGGGACCUGGCUGUUAUGCAGGCUGAAGGCUUUCAAGGACUUGCGUAGGACCAGUCAGCCGCUUCAGGAUUUUUUGCCUAUGGAUGCUUCGUGUCGACAAGCACAUAGGCUCAUCAAUCUAAGCGGGCCCAUCGACGAUUCCCUCGAACGGCUCGAAACUAAGCCGCAUGAUAUGGUCAGCAGGUGUCGUCGACUCGGAAAGAUAGGAUGUUUUGGAUGGAAGAAUGUUCUCGGUGCGGGAGGCUGGGAUUGGGCAUUGAGCUUACCUUUGGUCGAUGCUGGUCGGCUGCUCCUCGUGGGUGAGAGGAUGGAAGGGAGUCUUCAUCCAUCGCGCAUCGAAGCAGAGCUCAAAACGGUUACUGCGACAUGGUUCCGGACUGGAAUGAGAGUAGGUCAUUUCGUUGUGCUGACUGACGGAGUGUUUGAAGGGACGCUUUCUGCUAAUGUCAAGAAGAUGACUAGCAUUGUGGAUCGUACAACGAUGGAUAAGUUCUUUGGGAAAAUAAUGGCUGCCAGACUACGAGCGGCUUCUGAGUUGCGAGCAUUUGUAUAG